CCUUUCCCCGUGCUGAGGGCAGUGCCCAGCACACAGCAGGUGCCCAAGAGAAGACAGAAGGCUUGAAUGCUGGCUGCCACUCCCACCCCUACAGCCCCGUCCUGGAAGGAGCACUGGGAGGACGGCAGCUGCCUGCCUGCCUGCCUGUCCCGUCUCCGUCUGAGCCUCCCCUCCAUCUGCCUGAGGCUGGCGACCCACUGGGGCUUGAGGAUGAAGCUGAGCCCACCGCACUGGCCCCUAUCCUGCCUCCUUGUGCUGUUGCCCUGGCCUCUGGCCACUGCAACAUCAACAACUCCUUGGCCGUGCCCACCUGGCGAGGAGCCCAACCUGGAACCAGGGCAGGGCACAUUAUGCAGGUCCUGCCCCCCAGGCACCUUCUCAGCUUCCUGGGGCUCUAGCCCUUGCCAGCCACACUCCCGCUGCAGCCCUCGAGGGAGGCUGGAGGCCCAGGUGGGCACGGCAACUCGAGACACACUAUGUGGAAACUGCCAGCCUGGGUGGUUUGCCCCGUCAGAGGUCCCCCGUGUUCCCUGUCAGCCGUGCUCCUGGACACCCCUGGGUACUCGCGGCUGUUACGAGCGGGGACGACGGGCCCGACGUGGCGUGGAGGUGGCAGCAGGGGCGAGCGGCGCAGGGGAGACGCGGCAGCCUGGGAACAGCACGCGGGCGGGCAGCCCUGAGGAGACGGCUGCCCAGUACGCGGUUGUUGCCAUCGUGCCCAUCUUCUGCCUCAUGGGGCUGCUAGGCAUCCUGGUGUGUAACCUGCUCAAGCGGAAGGGCUACCACUGCACGGCCCACAAGGAGGUCGGGCCUGGCCCUGGAGGCGGAGGCAGCGGGGUCAACCCUGCCUACCAGACUGAGGACGCCAAUGAGGACACCAUUGGGGUCCUGGUGCGCCUGAUCACGGAGAAGAAAGAGAAUGCAGCGGCCCUGGAGGAGCUGCUGAAGGAGUAUCACAGCAAACAGCUGGCGCAGACCAGCCACAGGCCUCUGCCCAGGCUGCCGCUGGGCCCACCCAGCAUGCCGCACGUCUGCCCACAUCGCCACCACCUCCACACUGUGCAGGGCCUGGCCUCACUCUCUGGCCCCUGCUGCUCCCGUUGUAGCCAGAAGUGGCCCGAGGUGCUGCUGUCCCCCGAGGCUGCAGCUGCCACCACUCCUACUCCCAGACUCCUGCCCAACCCAGCCAGGGCGCCCAAGGUCGGGGCCAAGGCAGGACGCCAGGGCGAGAUCACCAUCUUGUCUGUGGGCAGGUUCCGUGUGGCCCGAAUUCCUGAGCAGCGGACGAGUUCAGUGGCCUCGGAGGUGAAGACCAUCACGGAGGCCGGGCCCUCAGGGGGUGAUCUCCCUGACUCCCCACGAUGUGGCCUCUCCAGUGAGCAGCGGGCACUGCUGGGAAGUGGUGGAAGCCACCCUAAAUGGCUAAAGCCCCCAGCAGAGAACAAGGCCGAGGAGAACCGCUAUGUGGUCCGGCUGAGUGAGAGCAACCUGGUCAUCUGAGGGGCUGUCUCGUCUGAGGACACUGCAGCCCUGCCCUGGGAGGUUCCGAAGGCUUCCUGGAGGAGGUAGAGCUGCAGCUGAGCCAGUGAGGAUCCAGAAUGGCCCAGCAGACAGAACAGCCAAGGCCAAGGCCUGGAGGUGGGAGCGUCCACCCCAGUGAGGAGGCAGGCCAGCCGGCCGGCGGGUGCUGUGUGCAGGAGCCGGUUGAGAGCCCCUCCCGUCCCUGCCGCCCAUUUCCUUCCCUGCAGGAUGUCCCUGACGCCGUGCCCUGCCCUGGCUGGAUCCUAGGAGCCCACAGGGUCCUCUGCACCACCGGGUGGCUAGGCCUCAGUGGUGGGGAGGGGCCCUCUACCUGGCCCCCCUGGCUCCACGCCUUAGUGAUGAGCCACCCCUUGCCUCUAUAGAGGGGACCUCCCCCUCCUUUCUGACAGGUCCUGCAAAGGGAGGGGUCAACAAAAAGCCAUGAGCUAGGAACCGAGUUCCUGGGUUCUAAUCCUGGGCAAGCCCCUGGCCAUUACUGGGUCCCAAUUCUUCUGACUGUGAAGCGGGGAGAGAGUGGCGUCUCGGUGCCUAGGGCCUUCCAGCAUCUUGCAGGCUCUGGGCUGGAUCGUGUAGAUGGAGAGCUUGACCCCUUGCCACCCCUCCCACUAGUAGUUUUAUCUGGCCCCGUUUUUGCUGCUUCAGGGCCACCACCUUCAAGGCUCCCAUGGGGCUGCCCAUCCAUGGCUCUGCCUACAGAAGGGGCAUAAUGCACGUGCCUGCCCCUGCCCCUGCCAUUUUUAUUGAAAUUGAAAAAACAGACUUGACCUGGGCAGGGCUGUGGUACAGAGCCCCAGCCUGCCCAGCCACCCACAAGAUCUCAGGCGCUUUGGAGGGUAAGGGGUGAGGCUUCUGGCCUCGGUGGUUUCUGUGUCCCUGUGGUGUUGGUGUGUUCGUCCCCUGGCCUGGGCAGUGCGGGCGACUGCCCAGCCCGCGUCUCCACUGUGGCUCAGCAACCUCGUUAUUUAUGUGGGGCUGUGCAGGCAUGGGCCCACUGCUGUCCGCAUUUCUCUUAUUUAUUGAAACUUUGCUGUUGUCCCACCCUUGUGUCUCCACGCCCAUCCAUUUGUUGAAUAAUAAAAGGUGGGA